AGGACAGUAUAAAUGCACACAGGUGUUGGUCCAAGAGGCAUUAGAGGAGAACACACCUAAACUGUCCAAUCAAUUUUUAACAAGAAAGACAGACGGAGAGGAAAGAGGGGCGAGCUGGACUUUGCUAUUCAUCAAAUUACAGAGGUUGGAGGGUUGUAGAAAAUGUUUGGAUUUGUGAACAAACGUAUCGAGCACUGGCUGGCAGAGCGAAAAUGCCGCAGGAACAGACUGGUGACCAAAGAUGGUCACUGCAACAUUGAAUUCGGAAAUGUCAUGUACAGCACACACUUAUCGUUCCUUGCUGACUUCUGGACCACCUUUGUGGAGACCCGGUGGCGUUAUGUCCUCCUCCUCUUCAUCGCCUCCUUCACCCUCACCUGGUUGUUUUUUGCCCUGCUGUGGUACUGGAUUGCCCUCAACAAUGGAGACCUGACGUGGCAAAACCCCCCAUCAAAUCACAGCCCAUGUAUUAUAGGUGUCUAUGGACUCACCACAGCGUUCCUAUACUCCCUUGAAACCCAGACAACUAUUGGGUAUGGUGUCCGAGCGCUCACCGAUCUUUGCCCAGGUGCUGUGGUCGUUGUCAUUAUCCAGGCCGUAUUCGGAGCCAUCAUCAACUGCUUCAUGUGUGGAGUCAUCCUGUCCAAAAUCUCUUUACCAAAAAAGAGGGCUAAGACCAUCUCAUUCAGUGAUAUGGCUGUCAUCAGCCCCAAAAACGGUUCUCUUUCCCUGUCAAUCAGAGUGGCCAACCUACGCAAGACACUGAUGAUUGGAAGCCAUAUCUAUGGAAAGCUGCUGAGGACAACAAACAGAGCUGAUGGGGAGACAAUCAUCAUGGACCAGGUGAACAUUGACUUCAUGGUGGACGCUGGGAAGGACAACCUCUUCUUUGUGUGUCCUCUCACACUUUACCACAUCAUCGACAAGAGCAGCCCCUUCUUCGAGAUGGCGGUAGAUACGCUCCACAAUCAAGAUUUUGAGCUGGUCGUCUUCCUAGACUGCACCGCAGAGACUACUAGCUCUGCCUGUCAGGUCCGGACCUCCUUUAUUCCUCAGGAGAUCAUGUGGGGCUACAACUUCUUGCCCAUCAUCUCCAGAAGCAAGGAGGGCAAGUACAGAGUAGAUUUCUCCAACUUCGCCAAGGUGGAGCCAGUGGCCACUGCACACUGUGCCCUCUGUUUCCACAACAUCAAGGGUCAUCAUCACUACUCCAGAGAUGGACAUGACAACCAGGGCUUUGAGAUGACUGAAAUUAAUGAGCUUCAGAAUGUAACCAAGAUGUGAGAUCAUAGAUACAUUGCAAUGGAUAGUGGAAAUUAAGACUGGUAGAAAUUAAGGCUGGUAGAGGCUCAUACCUCUCACUGACAAACUCCUCAAGUCUCGAAAGGACAAACAGGUUCUGGCAGCAGGUGGGUUUAUGCUAAUGGUAGACAACGCAUUUUGUAGCAUUUAAAUAUGAACUAAAGAAAGCCUUGUUUUUUGUUAUUGUAUUGUAUCUAACACAGAUAGGAAAACCGUCUGUGGGUCAGGACACUUAUUGUGAAGUAUUUCUAUGUAAAACCACACCUGCCACUGUCUGCUUCCAAAAGAGGGAUGCCAGGUCAUGCAAGAUGGUGAGACAACAAUUCAAAAACAAAAAGGUUUUCCCAAUUACUACCACAUGGAUUAUACACAUGUGAUAUUACUUUAAAUGAAGAUGAGUGGUUCUAAUUUACCUAUGGCUUUGUAUACAUCAGGUUUACUGAGUAUUGAGAGGCAGUAAAACGAAUGUAUUGUACUGUGUGAAACUGUUAGCCACUUGAAUGCACCGUUCGUUCAACAGUUCAUGCUACUGUAGGCUGUUGUACACAAAGAGACACUUGAAACCAAUAGAGUAUGCUUAACUAUUCAAACACUGAAGCACUAGCAAAGGGUUGGGCUCACAGGCCACUUUUUUCAAAGUGGGUGGCAGCAGCUCUUAGGCGCCCUUGAGCAAGGCACUGAACCCCUAACUGAUCAAAAUGAAUUUCCCCAAAUAAAGUAAAUUAUGUAUGCUAGCUGUGUUUUUCUUUGAGUGAAGAAAUUAUAUUUAUGAAAAUCCAUCUUUGUUAAGUCUUAUUGUAUUUGAUCUCAGGGGAAAAAUACACUGAAAUACAUUUUUGCGUACAUAUCUGUGUCCUCGUAUUAUUUUGACUAAGCCGGAAUGUUAUACAAGGACUGUGAUCAAAAAGGUCAAAGCAGGCAAUGACAGGUGCCAACGUCUGUCACGGCUUUUUAUCUGUAAAUAAAGUGAAGUUUUGACAGUAAACAGCAAUUCAAACACAGAGUGGAAGUGUUUGGGAGAUUGCUUGUUGGACAUUGUUUUGACUGCAGGCUUUGAACAUGAAAACAGAACUCUCCAUUUCAGGAAAUGAACAGUACAUACUGUACGCUUGCAUGAAGCUUUAACAGGUUUUCUUACUAUGACCUCACUAAAGAACUGCAUGUGCUUAUGUGUGUGUCUGCAGGGAUGUUGCUGUAGCACGUGACGUGAGUAAUAAACAGGGCUCAGGUAAAUGAUGUGGAAUGACUAAGCGGCAUAAAGAUGAUGCCUUACAGAUAUGUUCUAAUAAAAAACAAGU